ACUGACCUGAAGAUCCUGGCCUUUCUGGGGGAGAAAGACCAUUUUUCAUGUUUGUUAAGCCGUUUGUUUCAAACCAUGAUACUAAUUUAAUACGAGGUUGCCAAUAAUUGUAUUAUUGGGCCUUCAGAUGGUUUAGGGGGACAAAGUUGGCCUUAAAAAUGUCUAAGAAUUCACGCUAUCAAAGCAGUGAAACGCCGACAACGGAAUUAUCGUCUCAUAUGAAAUAUUUUAUUAUUAAUUAAAGCGGAUAAAAGAAAAAUAAAUUGGGGAAAAUAUCCAGAUAUUAGAAACGGAAGUUGGAACUGAAAAAGUUGGAAUAUUAUACCGAUAUUCGUGGUACAUCUUAAGUGUUGCUUCAAGUAACCGUUGGUACAAGUCCUGGGUCAAUUGUAUUUGCUUGGAGAUAAACUGUGUCCUGAGCUAUGGGGGCAUUUCUGGACAAACCGAAGACUGAGAAACAUAACGCCCACGGUGCAGGUAAUGGCCUGCGCUUUGGUCUGAGCAGCAUGCAAGGCUGGCGGGUGGAGAUGGAGGAUGCACACACAGCGGUGGUGGGCCUGCCCCAUGGCCUUGAUGACUGGUCCUUUUUUGCUGUGUACGAUGGCCAUGCUGGCUCAAGGGUAGCCAACUACUGCUCAAAACACCUGCUGGAGCACAUCAUCACCAACAGCGAGGACUUCCGGCCUGGUGCCGACUCUGUGGAGGGGGUGAAAAGUGGCAUCCGCUCAGGCUUCCUGAAAAUCGAUGAGUACAUGCGCAACUUCUCUGACCUCCGUAACGGCAUGGACCGCAGUGGCUCAACGGCCGUGGGCGUGCUUCUUUCGCCAGAGCACCUGUACUUCAUCAACUGCGGAGACUCACGGGCCGUGUUGUGUCGCUCCGGACAGGUGCACUUCUCCACGCAGGACCACAAGCCCUGUAACCCACGUGAGAAAGAGCGUAUCCAAAAUGCCGGAGGUUCUGUAAUGAUCCAGCGUGUUAAUGGAUCUCUUGCUGUGUCGCGUGCCUUGGGGGACUAUGACUACAAAUGCGUGGAUGGGAAGGGACCCACAGAGCAACUGGUGUCUCCCGAACCAGAGGUUUUUGAGAUCCCCAGGGUUACAGAGGAAGAUGAGUUUGUGGUGUUGGCCUGUGAUGGCAUCUGGGAUGUGAUGAGCAAUGAGGAGCUUUGUGAGUUUGUGCGCUCGCGGCUGGAGGUGUGGGAUGACCUAGAGAAAGUCUGCAACUCUGUAGUGGACACAUGUCUACACAAGGGCAGCCGUGACAACAUGAGUGUUGUAUUGGUGUGUUUUCCCAAUGCACCCAAGGUGUUGGAGGAGGCAGUGAAGAAGGAGUCAGAGCUGGAGAAAUUUCUAGAAUCUCGUGUUGAAGAGAUCAUGGAGAAAUCAGGGGAAGAAGGCAUACCAGAUAUGGCCUAUGUCAUGCGCAGCCUCUCUGCUGAAAACAUCCAGAACUUGCCACCGGGAGGUGGAAUUGCUAGCAAACGCAGUGUAAUAGAGGCUGUGUACAACAGACUUAAUCCACACAGAGAUGAUGAUGGGGCCACGGCGGGUGAGGAGGAAGAGAGUAGCGCCGCUGCCCACCUGCUGGAGGCACUGCGCCAGUUCCGCCUCAGUCACCGAGGCGAGUAUCGCCACGUGUUGGAGCAGGCACUCUCCACCUAUCGGCUGUCCUACGAGACAGGCGGAGCCUCGCGACCUAAUCCUCAGGAAGAAGUUUCCUCACCCCCACCGGCUGCUGCAACAGAGCCCCUGAGCUCUGGAGAGGAAACAGAGGAAGCCACCAAGCCGCCACCUCUCGACGAGCUCUCUGAUUCUUCUGUUGCAUGACCCUUGAUGUCCAAUACAAUAACCUCAAAAUCCUCCUCUCUCUCUUGCCCUGCUCCCCACAGCUUUUCCUCUUUCCUCCCUGGCUCUGAGCACUAGUCAGAUCCCUGAACAACUUGAGGCACGGCUCCCUCUCAUACCAGUGAACAGUUUUGGUGCAGGUUUUUGGUUAACCAUUCGGUCAUGUGUAGAUGUUACUGAAAAUGGUGAACAGUGUAUCUUGAUUCUGGUCUGGUUAAACUUCCUUAUAGCAAAGUCAACAAAGGACAAGUUUAAAGCACUAUUCUCGUAACUUAAAGCCUGCCCUGUGACUGUAAAUGAUGUUAUCCUUGGCAUAUUCCAGCACUGUCUAUAGUCAGCACUUUCCUGAUGUGCAGCACUUAGCAUUGAUCUAAUCUAGUCCCUGUGGAAGCUUUAUUCAUCCAUGAGGGUACAUUUGAAUGUGGAAUUCAAGAGGAGACUUGGUAACAGUAGUUUCCGAUAAGUAAACAAAAAUAUCAGUCCCCUUUUAGGUGUGGUAUUUUUACUAACUAAACAUUUAAAAGCAAAAUCACUUACAUAGAUCAGACAAUCUGGGGCUUGCCAAGGGCAUCACUAACUUCUUGCUCUUGUAUAUACCGGCACAUGCUCGUUGCUAUGCAAUGCAUGUGUACUUUACAUUUUGGAUUAAUUUUUUGAUCACUUUCUCGGUGCGAGUGUUUACGCAUGGGCGUGUGUGUGUGUGUGUGUGUGUGUGUGUGUGUGUGUGUGUGUGUGUGUGUGUGUGUGUGUGUGUGUGUGUGUGUGUGUGUGUGUGUGUGUGUGAGAGAGAGAAUCAGUGUGGUAGACAUAUGUAUGUCACUGUUGUGAGGCUGAAAUUUGAUUCAUAUAUGUGAAUAACCAAAUAUAUGUGGAAGAAACAAAUAAGACAUUUGUGCAUACUAUCCGAGGCUGUGGUUAUAGGCAGUAUUUCUGUCCCUUUAUUACCCUACAUGGCUAUAUGAUUGAAGUCACAUGUUUGCUCUCACCACUUUGACUGUUAGGAGGACAGGGGAGGUGGUACUUGACCAACAGUUGCUUCUAAAAAGCACAACAAUGUCAAUGCAACAUCAAUAGUAGCUAAAAAAGUAAUAAAUGACCUGGCAAUGGAAUAGUAUUUAUAUUAUCAUUUUCCUCAUAACCAAGAUACACGGCCACAUGUUACUGCUAACCAACAUGAAUUCCCAUGCUGGUGAGCUAUUCCUCUUUGCUUGCUUUGGAAGAUGACAAGAUAUUUAGGAGAAUUUAAUCUUUGUGUCUCUCUUCUUAAUCCUCAAGUUAGUUCACAGGCCACUGCCACACGAUUGCUCAAAUGUCUGUACUCAUGCACAGUUUGCACAGAAACACCAUCAGUAUGUGAAAUGGAUAUGUGAUCCUGUCCACAUGGGAUGAGUGUCAUACUCCAAAGAUAGAAAAGCAUUUAUUCAUUUUUUUUUUUUAUGGGGGUUUUGUUUUCCUCGCAGGUUAAAGCGAUGUGGGGAUUAUAAUUGUUAAGUUAGUGUUUUGACAUUUUUGGUUAAUUGAGUUUGGGCUGAUUGAAUAUUGCAUACUGUAAUACUACUAACAGUGAGCAUAACUGCAUGUUUAAAGAUCUCAAAUAUUGAAUCAGAAAUAUUUCUAGCACUCUCCUGAUUCUAAGAAGGACUGGGGGACAAUGUUUUCCUGUUGAUGUCAUCAUAUCAGCACUAACCCGUAGUUAUUUUCAUGGUUUGGGUUAGAGCUUUAGCAAAACUCUUGGAAGACGUUAGAUGUCCAUCCUGACUAGUGUGUGAGUUCAGUGUGUUGAUUCUGCAGGUUUUUUUUAAAAAAUUGUUUUCAUUAUUAUUCUUAUAAUUUUUUUGGACCAAAUAAAUCUCAUUGAACAGUGAA